GACUUCAUCAUGGCGGAUGUAUCAAGGGAACAUUUAUUUAAGUCCAAAAACAAUCGUACCCACAAUAAAGAAAAGCAUAAAGAACGUAAACAUGGUUCUCAUCAUAAAGACAAUGAUAUAGAAAACGACAGUAAGCAUGGUUUUAGGACUAAUCAUAAAAAGGAAUCUUCCUACAAAGACAUCAAGCACAAAGCUCACGAUCACAACGAUAGAAAACACGACGAGAGAAAAAUACAUUUUACUCAAUCUCAAGAUGAUCGUUACAUUUCCUAUCGUUCAAACGAAAGAAAUCACCAUUCUUCAUAUCGCCACGAGAAACAUGAAAACGUUGAUGAAAAUUUUAAGGACUCUACUUGCAACAAUGACAGAUAUUCAAAUAAACACUCUGGAAAUAAUUAUGGGCGUUCGUCAUAUAAUGAAACACAAUGUGACGAACGUAGCACAAAUAAUGAACGAUUUGUUACAUUCAAUCGCUCUGCUCAUUCUGAUAAUGAUGAAUGUGUUGCCAGUCUAUGGCAAAAAAUAGAUUACCUAAGUAAUCAGGUAGAUGUGCUUACUCAAGAAAAUGAAAAAUUAAAAUACAGUUUGAAUAUGAGGCAUAUGGCACAUGAGGAUCCACAUUCAGAAGUGACUAUAAUUUUCCGAAAUAAAGAUUUUGAAGAGAGAUUUUUACCAAUUUUAACUGAGUUAGCUUCGGAUUUAAUUCAAGGUCAUAUUACUGUAGAUGAACUCAGAGAUAUCAAAUUCUCUAAAUAUAAUUCUCUUGAUGAAAGGGAAAGUAUUAAAGAUUUUCCUGAGGGAGAAUUAUUUCAGCUAGAUAAUUCAACUACAGAGCCUAAUGAAAAUCCACAUGUUCCAAAAUAUGAAACAAGUUUUUUAGAAGUUUUAGAAGAUGAAGACGGAAAAAUCAAAUUGGAUAAAAAAAGUGAGAAACCAAAAUUUCGAAAGGUUUGUUUUAACUGUGGUGAAGAUCAUUUUAUCAGCAAGUGUCCUCACAAAAUAAAUUAUUAUAAAGUAGCUAAUGCCAAAAAACAUCAAAGGGGUCCACCUCCUACUGUGCGUUAUCAUCUAAAUAAAGAACAAGGUGAAUCUGGAUUCAAACCUGGUAUCUUAAGUAAUGAACUUAGAGAAGCUUUAGGCUUAAAGACAGACCAAAUUCCUUUAUACAUAUAUCGCAUGAGGCUUAUAAAUUAUCCACCUGGUUGGUUACAAGAAGCAAUGGUUGAAACUUCUGGCAUUGCUGUGUAUGAUUCCAGUGACUCUGUGCUCAGAAAUGAAAAUGAGGAAAAUGCUGACUUAACUAUGAAUAGGUCUGAAAUCCGUUAUGAUCCAGCUAAAUUUAUAGAUUUCCCUGGAUUUAAUGUUCCUCUUCCAUCAGAUUAUGUUGAUGAAUGCUAUAAAUUAGGAUUUCCACCAAUGCAAGAACAUCAUCUGCGAUCAUAUGUUGAACAGAAUAUGCCAAAGUUGGAUAUACGACCUAAUCGUAAGAGAAAAUUACAGUUGAAAAUCGAGGGUUCUAAUAAGAUUCAACGAUGUGAUGAAGACAUGGAUUUGGAUGAAGAUUUAGGCGAAACAUUCUUACAAUUCACUCCUCCAUUACCACAAGAUGCUCCACCUCCUCCACCUCCUGAGGAUGCUCCUGAACCACCUCUUGAGGAGGAAACUCCUGAACCUCCUCCUGAGGAGAAAGCACCUGAAUCUCCUCCUGAGGAUGCCCCAGAACCACCUUUUGAAGAAACCAAUAGAACUGUAGCCUCUCACGAUUCAGAUUCUGGCUGUAAUACUCCUAUGUCAGAUUCAAUUAUGGAAGCACUAGCACCCGUAGUUGAAAGAUUCAAAAUGGAAGAUUUAGAUUCAGCUGAUGUUCAUAGUUCUUCACCAUCGUUAAAAGAAUUAGAAGAGAUGAAAAAACGUUUGGUUAUGGAAUUGGGCAUUGUGUCAGAAUGUUCUAGUCCAGGUGUCCAAGAUGACAGCCAAGCUAUUGCUUCAGAUCCAGAAGAAUUAAAUCCUAGUUCCGACUCUAGAUGUUCUUUUCCGUGUCAAGACAGUAGCAAUGAUUUAUCUAAUUUCAGUGAUAGUAGUUCCUGUGCUACAGCUGUGGAAAUCGGUCAGUCAUCUGGUACUGUUCAAAGGAGUGAAAGUGUCUGUAGUAAAUCAAAACAGAUGACAUUAGGUACACCAUCACUUUCGAGACACAGUUCUUAUCAGAAAUUACCAGACUAUGAUAAAUUUGCUCAAAAUGUCACUUCACACAUUUGCUUUGAAAAUUUGCCAAAUUCUACAGGAACUUAUGAAAAAAUGAAGAAAGUAUUGAAAAAAGUUAAAGAAAAGUUUAAUGCAUUGAUGCCAUGAUUUUUUUUUGUCACUUAAUAUCAAUUUUCCUUUGUAUAUAUGUUCUAUGC